GUUGUGAAUGGUCUAAGAAAGGGGUGUUAUAGUCUUGGAUCCAUUGUGGCAUGUUUCAUACCUGUGUUGGAAGGUGUUACUGAGUUAACAGAGAAUGAUGUCCUCAGUGGUGCCAAUGAUGAGAUAACAGCCAUAAGAGAAAUAUGCAGCUUGUAUGAAAAAGGAAUGAAGUGUCUUAAAGAAAAGCAGAACACGUGUGAGCCUCCCACAAAACAUGAAAAUGAACAGCUGAACAUAUUCUUGGAACAGGUAGUUCGCCAAGGAGUCAUCAAAUUCUGUGGAGAAGAAAGAGUUAUGAAUGCUUAUAUAGUGAAUGCCAAAUGCCUGUUUGACAAUCAGAACUACACUCAAAAUUGUUUGGUGAGAACUCAAAAGGCUUUCAAACAUGUGAAGAUACAAAGUGAAUUUUCUACAUCAAAUGAUGGUUCCAUGGAAAAACUUUGCAGGAUAAUCACAAAAAUGUUCAAAUGUGGAUCUGAAGCCCUGGAAAAUCGAUGUGGAAAACAAGCUGGUCAGUUAUUUGUUCGUAUAGCAAGUGACUUUCUUCCUCAGGAGAUCACAAAUAAGUGUAUAAAAGGUGGCUACAUUCCUGCUUCAGUUCUUACAGGGCAACAUAGAAUAGCCACAACUAUGUUUAUGACAUCAUCAUCAGUUGCAUCCAGCACUUCUGGUUGCUCAAAUCUAAAAACAUUGACCAAAUGGCAAUCGUGGACUUUAUUUUACUCUGCAUUUUUGUGCAUAUCAAUAGGUAUUUGUAAUUUAUAUGUUGCAUUUAUGUAUGAUUAUUGACCAGUUUUAUAACUUUAUCAAAUCUCUUGUACAACUGUUAUAAAUAUCUUUUUGUGACAGACCAAAUAGCAAGACUGAAUUAUUUUCAAAAUUCUAAAUGAUAACUCCAUUUAUUAGUGUUCAUUGUCACGACUUUAUACGAUCUUUUUGUUUUAGACGUUUCACCAUUUUUGUUAUUUAUCUGAGCGAUUUUGUUCAUAUUUGGUAUGUGAAUACAAUAAGCAUGGCACACCGUCUAUUAAUGACACUUCUGGUAGAAGGUUGCCAUUUGGAAAAAUGGCUGCCAUUUU